CUGCUGCACUUCUGAUUCUGGAUCAGUUAACACGGGUUUCAUUAAAUCGUUUGGGUGUGGUAUAGGGCUGAGUGAGCUGAUCCUGAUUCGGAAGACUGUAACAGGCAGGAUUUUAAGAGACUCACUGAGUGGGAGGGCUCCUACCCGGAAGCUGACCAUCAGCUGCUCCCGGAAUGGACGAGACGAGCCCGCUAGUCUCCCCACUGCGGGACUCACACGAUUUCUCCCACUGUCCCACUGAGCCUCCGAGUCCCCGGGGCGCUUUCGGAGGGACGCCGGGGUCCGUGGUUCGUGUGCCUGCUGGAAGCCCUGGACGCAACCGAGAGCGACAGCCUCUACUUGAACGGGACAGAGGGAAUUCUCCGCGGGACCCCCAUAGCAACGAGUUUCCUGAAGAUCCCGAAUUUAGAGAAAUAAUCCGCAAAGCAGAACGUGCUAUAGAGGAAGGAAUUUUCCCAGAAAGAAUCUACCAGGGUUCCAGCGGAAGCUACUUCGUUAAAGAUUCACAUGGGAAGAUCAUCGGCGUGUUCAAGCCCAAGAACGAGGAGCCAUACGGUCAGCUGAACCCAAAGUGGACCAAGUGGCUACAGAAGCUGUGCUGUCCCUGCUGCUUCGGCAGAGACUGCCUGGUGCUGAACCAGGGCUACCUCUCGGAGGCCGGCGCCAGCCUAGUGGACCAGAAACUGGAGCUCAACAUCGUCCCCAGAACCAAGGUUGUCUAUUUGGCCAGCGAAACCUUCAACUACAGUGCCAUCGACCGGGUCAAGUCCCGGGGCAAGAGGCUGGCCCUGGAGAAGGUCCCCAAAGUGGGCCAGCGCUUCCACAGAAUAGGACUCCCUCCAAAGGUGGGAUCUUUCCAGUUAUUUGUAGAAGGCUACAAAGAUGCAGAUUUCUGGUUGCGGCGCUUCGAGGCUGAGCCUUUGCCGGAAAACACCAACCGCCAAAUGCAGCUCCAGUUUGAGAGGCUAGUGGUUCUGGAUUACAUCAUCAGAAACACUGACCGAGGGAACGACAACUGGCUUGUAAAAUAUGAUUGUCCGAUGGACACUGGGGGCGCUAGGGAUAGUGACUGGGUGCUGGUGAAGGAGCCCAUUAUCAAACUAGCAGCCAUAGAUAAUGGUCUGGCCUUUCCUCUCAAACACCCCGAUUCCUGGAGAGCCUACCCGUUCUACUGGGCUUGGCUGGCUCAGGCCAAGGUUCCCUUCUCUCAAGAAAUCAGGGGCCUGGUCUUGCCUAAGUUGUCUGACCCGAACUUCAUCAAAGACCUGGAGGAGGAUCUGUAUGAACUCUUUAAGAAAGACCCUGGGUUUGACAGGGGACAGUUCCACAAGCAGAUCGCUGUGAUGAGAGGCCAGAUCCUCAACCUGAGCCAGGCCCUGAAGGAUGGGAAGACGCCCCUGCAGCUGGUGCAGAUGCCCCCCGUCAUCGUGGAGACGGCCCGGGCCCCUCAGCGGGCCAACAGCGAGUCCUACACGCAGAGCUUCCAGAGCCGGAGGCCCUUCUUCACCUGGUGGUAGUGAGGGCGCAGGGCGCCCCCUGCAGGGCAGAAGAGUGGCUGCUCCCUCUGCCUCUCCGGGGCGACGUGGAGAGAGAGAGAGAGAGAACUGCGGGACAGCUCUCCCUUUCGCGCUUUGUGCCUUCCUUUUUUUUGCAUAAAAAGGUGAGGGGGGAUGAGGGAGGAAGAGUUGAGAGAAUUGAUGCCUUCUCCCGAACACACUGACGCACAUACUUUCUGACUGACGCCCUGUAGUUCUCGACAGGACCUGUUUACAUUCCCAGAGGCCUCAAGGUUUCCGAGCAAAAAGUUUACCUUUCCAGUGCAAUCACGAAGAGCUGCGCUAGCCCCGCCUGCAUGUCUCCUAUUGGCUGGCUUGCAUCGACACCAGAGCUCCACCCUUCCACGACUCUAGCCAAUCACGGGUCGACUGAUAUGGUAAGGAAGAGGCAGGGGCACAGGAAUGCAAGCGACCUGAAUGGCAGUAUGGAGGCGGAUUCUUCUAGAAUGACUCACCCUGAACUGCUGGGGAGGGCUGCAUGCGAAAACCCCAGCCAACUCCUUGUUUUCUGUGGAAGCUGCUUAAUGCGUGUUGUCGUUGGGGCAUGAGAGGUGUGCCGUGAGAUGUCAGACUCAACAUUUGAGCCUUCGUUCGACACUGACACAAUGUCCUGCCGAUUAAAAAAAUAUAUAUAUAUAUAAAUAAUAAUAAUAAUAAUAAAUGUUUGCUUCCAUUUUUAAAGAAGAAAACCGCCUGAAGGUGAUUAACUUGUCAUGGACUUGCUGAUGACCCAGGUUGAGGAAGGUAUAGAGGACCGGGGCAUUGCUCAUGCCUUCUGAAUACAGACAAGUCAAAAUUCUCUGAAUCUUUUUUUUUUUUUUUUUAACCCUUGGAUAGCUAUUGUGAAAUCACUAUGAAGGAAGCUCUUCCAAAACAGAUAUGCAUAGAAAAAAAAAAUCUAAACCGAAAUGCCCCAAAAAAUGAAGUUGGAUUUGCAUUUUCGGAAACAUUAUGGCUUUAUUCUGCAGUGGGGCUUAUUUUCUGAAAAAAAUAUGCCUUUUGCAAAAUGUAAAAAUACAAAAAUUGUAUCUUUGUGAGUUUAGAAAAGAGCUGGCCACAAAAUAUGACCUUCGAAGACAAAUUAUUUAAUGGAUAAACCAAUUUCCAAAUUACCUCACUGUACUGAUGAAUAGGUGGUUGAUACGAGCUCCACUGGGCACAUGAAAAAUGGGUCCAACUGUAUGUGCUCUGGGGCUCAAUGGGGUGAAUUUAAUGGCCUAGGUACUCCACUUAGUCCCCCAUUGCAGGUACUUCCGCUAUCUAUUUUGCAGAAUGCAGAGAAGUGCACAAUCUGCUUCGGAGCACGCAACGCCGUGCUCUACUUUACCAAACCAGUCGGAGGAAAGGGUGGAGAUGAGUUGGGAGGAAAGCACUUGACAUCGUAAGUGUGUUUACAGUUCCCUGCCCAGCAGGGGCCAGUAGAGAGCGUUGAUAAACGCAACCCUGCCUCCCAAACUCUGGACGAUGCUAAUUGCGCGUGUCCCAAUUGGGCUUCUGGGCAUAAUCCGCACUGGCACUGCCUGAAUUUAAAAUGAUUUAAUUUAGAGUGAAUCAUGAAAAGAUCAAUUAAUCUGUGUUACCCCGAGUCCUGUUCUUAGCUAUGCAGUCAGUAAGCGCUGGUUUCCUGUGCAGGGUGGAGCCUGGCUCUUAUCACACUGCUGGCAAAUUUCAGCCACAACGAAACAUUCGGCUCUGCGCCCUUCCUCCUGAAAACCGUCCUGUCUAAUUUAGCCGCUCUUUAAUCACUGGCUGAACCUGUGCUCUCGCUCCAUGUACCGUGCACCUGCCUGUGCUGAAGCAGGAAACUAGCAUUGCCUGUGAACCUGGACUCUGGCUAUUGUCUGAGCUCAUACCCAGCACUUGGGCGAAGAGACUGGAGGUGUAGCUUCAGAAGCUAGCACGCUAUCAAAACGGGUAACGUUUUUAGCCAGCACAAAUGCGGUUAAAAACCGCAUCGGUUCUGUAGAUCAAUGCUGUGAUGUCACAGCGAAUCAGCAAUCCUUUAUUUAAUUUUUUCUCACUGCAACGAACGGUUCCUCUUUACAGGAAGAGGAUGGGUGGGGCUGGUCUGUUGGGUGGAAGUGAUAAAUCUGUAACAUACGGUUUACUCCUAGCCUGGGCUGUCUGCAGUGUUCUGGGCAUGUGCAUGUUUCAUACACUUCCCCCAGCGACCAGCAAGGCACGUCAAACACCCAGCUUUGGGAGUGUCCUAGAACACUGUAACAGUCCAUCUGUGAAGGGGUGAGGCUGAAUCACACUUACUCACAGCUCCCCCUGGCUAAUUUCUUCAUGGUUUUUCCCUUUGUCUUUUUUCUUCUUCUUUUUUUGUCAACUGGAUUAUUUUUGAACAUACAUACAUUUACUACUGUAGCUACCAAACAGACCAGAACGGUAUUGUCACGACAAUGCACUGUAUACUUUGUAUGGAAUGUAUUUAAUGAAAGAAAUGCAUAUAACAAAGAUAUUCAUUUAA